AUGUGCGUAGUUGAAAAUCUUUCUCUAGAACCGAAAUCCAAAAGGCAGAGGACGACGAUCGAACCGGAGGAGAUCAGCGAGUCCUCGUCGUCUUCUAAUAGUUGUGGUCACUGGUACGUUCAUCACGGAGUCUGCGUCGGCUGCAAAUCAACGGUGGACCAACGCGAAAACCUACCAUUCGAUUACCUAUUCGAAGGUUUGCAGCUAAGCCACGAAGCUGUGGCGUUAACGAAGCGCCUCACGACGAAAUUCUCUUGCCUCAACGACAAGAAGCUUCAUCUUGUUCUUGACUUGGACCACACGCUUCUACACGCCGUUAGGGUUCCAUGUCUCUCCCAACAAGAGAAGUAUCUACUCGGAGAAACAUGUUCAACAACAAGAACAACAAGGCAAGAUCUAUGGAAGAUGAAAGUCGAAAGAUAUCCCAUUGAAUACUUGACAAAGCUACGGCCUUUUGUUCACGACUUCUUGAGAGAAGCCAACGAGAUGUUCACAAUGUAUGUUUACACAAAGGGUAGUCGCUUUUACGCUAAAGCCAUCUUGGAGCUGAUUGAUCCCAACAGAAUCUACUUCGGUUAUAGAGUGAUAACAAGAAACGAGAGUCCUCAUUACAAGACGCUUGAUUUGGUUUUGGCUGAUGAGCGUGGAGUUGUGAUUGUGGAUGAUACGCGUGAUGUUUGGAACGAUCACAAGAGUAACUUGGUGGACAUUAGCAAGUACAAAUAUUUUAGAUAUAAGGGUCAACAAGCGUCAAAGUCUUACGCUGAGGAGAAGACAGACGAGAGUGAAAACGACGGUGGAUUGGCCAAUAUUUUGAAGUUACUCAAAGAAGUUCACCGUGAGUUCUUCAGAGUCGAAGAAGAGUUGGAGUCAAAGGACGUGAGGUUGCUGCUACAAGAGAUUAAAUUCAAUCGUGUCGACGAAGCAUCUGUAGAAUGA